UUACAUUUACCCAAACAUGACAAGCUGAUCACCGAGGUUGUCAUCCUAUGCUCUUCGUUGUAAAUGGGUUCUAAGGCAGAGAAGAAAGUGAUCAUAGUGGGAAAAUAUUGCGUUGGGAAAACUGCCCUGAUACACAGGUUUACAACGAACAGAUUUAACGAGCUUUCAUCGUACGAACCUACCAUAGGGGCGGCGUAUGUGGCGAAGAAAAUGACUGUGGGCAAAAAAUACGUCACUCUUGGAAUAUGGGACACAGCAGGUUCAGAACGCUUUGAAUCAAUGACUGCGUUAUAUUAUCGUGGAGCUGAAGCAGCCAUCAUUUGUUAUGAUAUAUGCGACUCCUCUAGCUUUGAAAAAGCCAAGUUCUACGUGACAGAAGUUAGGCAAAAUAACGAGAAUUGUAAGCUUUAUCUGUGUGGAACAAAGUUUGACUUGGUAAGUUCCGGGAACAGAAAUAGAGAAGUUACCAGGGACAGCGCAGAGGAUUACGCCCAAAAUACCAAAGCAAGGAAAGUAAUUGAGACAUCAAGUAAAACGGGAGAAAACGUCCACGAACUCUUUUCGAUAAUAGCCCAGGACUUGCUGAAGGAAAUACCAACAGAAAAUACAGUACCUCCCUUCAAGUUUGGCUUACAUGAAUCUACACAAAACGUUAGACCAUUUUGUGGAUGUAGCAGAUGAUCGAGCCAGUUCUGUCGUUACUAUGGAGACAAAAUUGUCGUAAGAAGUAAACGACGAAGGGGAACUUUGUCCUAAAAGUAUUUACAGUGGAGAAAAUAAUCACACUAGGAAUUAAAUUCUGAUUGACUGGUUCCUCGCUCUCUGAAACGGACCUUUAGAACCGAUGUGUACAUCCUUACGAAAAUCAGUAGGGGUGCAGUUGUAAAUGAGUUUGAGGCAAAUAAAAUAAGUACAUAAAUGAAUUAACGAAGGAACAAACAGGUUAAUUGGAUUUAGAUCUCUGAUACUUUUCAAUAUCUAGGACGGUGGUUGGGAAAUUCUAGAAAUAACUAAGCAAGAGAGCCACAGUUCUUGUGACAAUGACGACCCUUGUGUAAAGUUUUAGGAAACGUGCUAACAAGUGUUUUUUUUUUUUUUUAUAGGGAUGACAAUUAACUAGGUCAAGAAGCCUAGGUAUAGCUGAAGAGUAGUAUCAUAAAUAAAAACUACAAAUCUGCGACAAAAAGUAAAAUUUCAAAUGUAGAUAAAUGUUAAGAAUUCUAUUCAAAUAUCUAUACCUUUUGCUAUUGAAACUGUUGUGAUUUCUGGUCAUUAAAUUUCACAUUUCAUGCAA